CUUUGGAGAGCACCGCUGAUAGAAACCUAACUGGCAGUUAUCCUCACUGGGAAGCAGCAGGGUGAUAAGAAAUGAGUGCGAUGAUGCCCUGGUUGCUGGUGCUCCUUCUGCUGGUCAGCUUUGGCUCACCUGCACCCAGGUUAUCGGAAAAAGAUAUCUGCCUGCUGGACAACAAUAAAUUAAGACAAAGGUUAAAACAGCUUCAAGACUUGCUUUUCUUAUAUGAACUACAACUGAAGGACAUCCUGGAGAACACUUACCACAGAACAAACAGUGGGCUGUUCUCAGGCAACAGGAGCGUGCAGCAUAAGACGCUUUUACCCACAACCAGUGGAAAUUUGAUAGUCUAUGACCAAGAUUGCUCUGCCGUGUAUGAUCGGAAGAACACCAAAAACGGCUACUACCGGAUCAGGCCCAGGGCAGACCGAGAGCCUUUCCUGGUGUACUGUGACAUGUCUGACGGCGGGGGCUGGACCGUCAUUCAGCGGCGCAGUAAUGGCAAGGAGAACUUCAACAGGAAAUGGGAUGAUUAUAAACUGGGAUUUGGGAAAUUCCAGGGCAAGAAUGGUGAAUACUGGCUGGGCAAUGACCACAUCUAUGACCUGCUCACUAGAGGAGAGAGCUCACUAAAGAUUGACCUGAUGGACUGGCAUGGGGAAAGGCGUUACGCAGUCUAUGAAAAUGUCCAGCUUGCAAACGAGCAGGACAAGUACAGGUUAUGGUUUGGCACCUAUUUUGGUAACGCUGGCGACGCUCUGUCUGGUGGGAGCAAUUUUGAAGAUCAGUGGUCAGCCUCACACAGAGGGAUGCAGUUCACCACAUUUGACAAGGAUCACGAUCGAUUCCUGGCAGGCAACUGUGCAUCUGAGAACAAGGGCGGUUGGUGGUUUAACAGGUGCCAUGCCGUGAACCUCAAUGGCCGGUACUACAGAACGGGAAGGUACAAUGGAUCCCACGACGAUGGCUUGGUUUGGUCUACGUGGCAUGGAAUGUGGUACUCACUAAAAUACUCAGCCAUGAAAAUCAGGGCUCCAUUCUUUGUUGACAGCGAGAGUGGAGAUGGUGAGAACAGUCAGGGCAGCUGA